AUGGCGAUACGAGGCAGAGGCGGCAGCAGCCCUAGCCCUACGCUCGACCUCGACAUCAACUACCGGCGAUCGCCGUCCCCCGCGCCUCCCCCCUCGGCAGGCUGCUUCAACAUAUCCUGGGGCAAGCGGCGGACCAAGACCCUCCCCGUGCCGGCCGACGCUGGCCGGCUGCGAAAGGUGCGCUUCUCCGAGAUUGACGAGGCAGCGCCACCACCCGUGCCCCCGCCGCCCAAGCCAAGCGCGCUCAAGAGACUCCUCAAACGCAAGGCCGCGGCGAAGCCUCCACCUCCUCCGCCGGCACUGAAGCCCACACCGCCUACGCCGCCGCCAGCCGAGUCCUACUACCCAGAGUACACGACCAUCCUGACGGGCAAGCACGCGCCGCCGCCCGAGCCCGACGUCUAUGCCGCGCCGUGGCUCCGCCCGCUCGUGUGGCAGCCGCCGCAUGCCGAGCUGAUGGCGAAGCGGCACGCCGAGUGGGCGGGCCACCUCACGGCGGUGCAUUAUCCGCUGCUCCCGGCGGCGGAGGAGUACGAGAAGAUCGGGUUCAAGUGGGACGCGGCGAAGGGCGGCAUCGACACGAGCAAGCUCAACGACGCCGGUUGGACGGGGUACGGCCCCGGCCAGGCGAGCACGUCGACCACGUCCGGAUCGGCUUCUGGCGGUGAGAAAGGAGGGGGUGGUGGGGGAGGCGGGGGAGGGGGAGGGGGAGGGGGAGGGGGGAAGAAAGGAAAGGGGAAAGGCAAGGGCAAGGCGACUGAGGCGGCAGAGGAGAGCGAGGCCGAGACCGAGGCCGAAGAGAAGACAGAAGAGGCAGAAGAGACAGAAGAGGCCGGCGAGUAG